AAUAUAUUUCUAACCGAUUGCGGACGUUAAAAAGAUUCUUUUGGGCCAUGCAAGACAUGUUGAAUGCCUCUGGAUUUGGAUGAGACCGUGAAAACAAAAUGGUGACGGCAACAGACGAUGUCUGGGAUGGGUACAUAGCUUCUCACCCAUUCACCGAAAAGGUGCGUGGCAAACAUAUUGACAGAUAUUAUGAUCUAUCAUUCAUGUUCGGGAAUGACAUUGCUCAUGGCUCAUUUGCAAGCAUAGCAUACUCAUCACCACUUUCCGGUCGCCGACAAAGUAGAAAUGAGUUAAAUUCUGAUUCCGAUACAGACGACUAUGGGACUGACACAGUUCACCUCUCUUCAGACUCUGGCGAGGCCCACGACAGUGGUUCAACCCCUCAUGUCAAUGAUGCAUCUAAUCGGUUGAAUAGGGUAAAUGCACCAAAUGUGGAUACCUCAAGGGGGUCCAAGAGCACCCAUUCUACUGCUAUCGGCUUCUCCCGUCCAAAAAGGGGGAAACCGAUGAUGUAAUCGGCGACCGAAUGGGUGAAGUGGCUGAUGCCGUGAAGUCCCUCACUAUUACAAUGUCCCAGGGCAAGAAAAUGACCCAAGUCCAGAAAAUUCUGAGCAUACUUGAAGAAGUAGAGGGACUGGGCCUUGAGGAUCAACUGCGUGCUGCACGGAUGUUGCAGGGGGACGUUGUCACUGCCGGGUUUUUCAUGAAGAUGGGCCACAAGAGGCGUAAGGAGUGGGUGUGAAAACUGUUUG